GGCGAACGUUAUCCGUCUCGUUGACCCCGUCGUGGCGAACGUUAUCCGUCUCGUUGACCCCGUCGUGGCGAACGUUAUCCGUCUCGUUGAUCCCGUCGUGGCGAACGUUAUCCGUCUCGUUGACCCCGUCGUGGCGAACAUUAUCCGUCUCGUUGACCGCGUCGUAUUUAACGUUUUCCGUCUCGUUGACCCCGUCGUGGCGACCGUUAUCCGUCUCGUUGACCCCGUCGUGGCGAACGUUAUCCGUCUCGUUGACCCCGUCGUGGCGAACGUCAUCCGUCUCGUUGACCCCGUCGUGGCGAACGUUUUCCGUCUCGUUUAUCCCGUCGUGGCGAACGUUCUCCGUCUCGUUAUACCCGUCGUGACGAACGUUAUCCGUCUCGUUGACCCCGUCGUGGCGACCGUUAUCCGUCUCGUUGACCCCGUCGUGGCGAACGUUAUCCGUCUCGUUGACCCCGUCGUGGCGAACGUUAUCCGUCUCGUUGACCCCGUCGUAGCGAACGUUUUCCGUCUCGUUUAUCCCGUCGUAGCGAACGUUUUCCGUCUCGUUAUACCCCUCGUGACGAACGUUAUCCGUCUCGUUGACCCCGUCGUGGCGAACGUUAUCCGUCUCGUUGACCCCGUCGUGGCGAACGUUAUCCGUCUCGUUGAUCCCGUCGUGGCGAACGUUAUCCGUCUCGUUGACCCCGUUGUAUUUAACGUUUUCCGUCUCGUUGACCCCGUCGUGGCGAACGUUCUCCGUCUCGUUGAUCAUGUCGUGGCGAACGUUAUCCGUCUCGUUGAUCAUGUCGUGGUGAACGUUAUCCGUCUCGUUGAUCAUGUCGUGGCGAACGUUAUCCGUCUCGUUGAUCCAGUCGUGGCGAACUUUCUGGUGACGUGACGCCUCAGCUUCCACUUCGUUGGUCUCCAGUUGAACUGAAACAAAUACCUUUCAUUAAAAACGUUACAGAAAUGUAAUUAAUUUUAGCUUCUCAAGACUCUGAUCCUGUAUUUUUUUUUUAUGAAAAAAGGCCAUUUCAUCGUGACGUCUGUAGUCAACAGAUUAUAAAAGACUACAAUUACCAUGGCACCUUCCUCUAAAAGUCUAAAGUGACAGAGAUGGGCAACCUUUUUUGAACCGCUCAAUUACCCUUUAAGUUAUCAAGUUAAACAAGCCUUAACAAAACAGCUUUUGGUAAUCUGUUGCAGUUUAAUUUUAAAUAAAUCAUUUUGAAAAUGUUUUUAAAGUUACUAAAACUGUGAGGUAAAUUAAGUUAGGUGGCAAUAUUUCCCUUUAUACCUGUACUCUAUUACAAUUGUUUUUAAAAUGGCAAAGUACCUCAAAAGUGUUUUUAAUAUAGCAUCUGUUGACUUUAUCUUAUCCCAUGAAGAUCGGUAAAAGAGAAAAGACAUGACUCGCCUUCGCCAGCGUCUCGCUCCAACAUGGACUCCAUCGACCGGAAAAGUUUAACGGCUUUCUUUAAGGAGAUCUCAUUGGGAGACAGAUCUGUAGGACACAGUAUAAUUAAAGGUUAGUGUCAGACAGAGAGAAGAAACACUGCAUAAAAUCAAAUGUUUACAACUCUCAGUCUCCUCUGCAGCUUAUAUUCACCAGCUGGAAAACCAGAGACUGUGGACAGGAAACAUGCUGUUAAAUCAAACAUUAUUCCUUCAUCUUCAACACAAUUAUCAAACAGAGAGACAAUCAGUGCUGAUCAGCAGCAGCUGCUGGAGGUUUCCCUCCUUUAAAGCUGGCUGGUGCUCAGGCAACACUCUCUUGGAAAACUGCAGGGAUGGCAGCUGUUUGGAUGCUCGUCUGCGUGCUGACUGUUUGUCUGGCCAGAGAUCUGUCUCCCAAUGAGAUCUCCUUAAAGAAAGCCUUUAAACUUUUCCGGUCGAUGGAGUCCAUGUUGGAGCGAGACGCUGGCGAAGUUCAACUGGAGACCAACGAAGUGGAAGCUGAGGCGUCACGUCACCAGAAAGUUCGCCACGACGGGGUCAACGAGACGGAUAACGUUCGCCACGACAGGGUCAACGAGACGGAGAACGUUCGCCACGACGGGGUCAACGAGACGGAUAACGUUCGCCACGACGGGGUCAACGAGACGGAUAACGUUCGCCACGACGGGGUCAACGAGACAGAUAACGUUCGCCACGACGGGGUCAACGAGACGGAUAACGUUAAAUACGACGGGGUCAACGAAACGGAAAACGUUAAAUACGACGGGGUCAACAAGACGGAUAACGUUCGCCACGACGUGGUCAACGAAACGGAAAACGUUAAAUACGACGGGGUUAACGAGACGGAUAACGUUCGCCACGACUUGGUCAACGAGACGGAUAACGUUCGCCACGACUUGGUCAACGAGACGGAUAACGUUCGCCACGACUUGGUCAACGAGACGGAUAACGUUCGCCACGACUUGGUCAACGAGACGGAUAACGUUCGCCACGACUUGGUCAACGAGACGGAUAACGUUCGCCACAACGGGAUCAACGAGACGGAUAACGUUCGCCACGACUGGGUCAACGAGACGGAUAACGUUCGCCACGACUGGGUCAACGAGACGGAUAACGUUCGCCACGACGGGGUCAACCAGACGGAUAACGUUCGCUACGACGGGGUCAACGAGACGGAUAACGUUCGCUACGACGGGGUCAACGAGACGGAUAACGUUCGCCACGACUGGGUCAACGAGACGGAUAACUUUCGCCACGACUGGGUCAACGAGACGGAUAACGUUCGCCACGAGGGGGUCAACGAGACGGAUAACGUUCGCCACGACGUGGUCAACGAGACGGAUAACGUUCGCCACGACGGGGUCAACGAGACGGAUAACGUUCGCCACGACGGGGUCAACGAGACGGAGAACGUUCGCCACGACGGGGUCAACGAGACGGAGAACGUUCGCCACGACGGGGUCAACAAGACGGAGAACGUUCGCCACGACGGGAUAAACGAGACGGAGAACGUUCGCCACGACGGGAUAAACGAGACGGAUAACGUUCGCCACGACGGGGUCAACGAGACGGCGAUUAUCAAGCUUUUAUCUUUGCCAUAAAUAAAACUUUCAUUAAAUCUGUUUUCUUUGCCAAAUAUCAAAACUUUAUUUUAGAGUAUCUUGUAUUAUUAGUAUAUUUCUGCUUUUAAAAUGUCCUUAAUAUUCAAAUGUGACAGAACUGCUGGUAAAACAUCAGUUUUUUUUUAAUCCAUUGGUCAAACUUGGAUUAUUUUUGUUCAAUAACAUGUCAUCUUUUAGAUCAGUGGACAGAAUUUAUAGAAUCUGUAUUUAGGGUUUUCUUUUACAAAAUGUCCGUAGACCUAAAUAUUUAAAAUGCAACGGAAAGAAAUGCUCCUUCAAGACGGGAAGGAAAUAAAUCAUGAUUUAUGUAUAAAAGAUCUGUUUCAGUGCAAACAUUUUCAAAACAUAAUUUGGUCCCCAAGCAGUCAUUACUCUUCUAAAGAGAAACUUCAGUGUUUUUCCUGAACAGUGUCCCAUGUCUAUUGGGGAAACAGUUUUUGAAAUGAGUCCAGUAUUAUGUAAGCAACAAAAAUCAUAAUUGGGGCCCUUUAGCGCAAAGACACCCUGAAAUAAACAUUUGAACGAUCACUCUCUCACCGAACCAAAAUGUAUGUAUUUUAAAAUACAAACA